AUGGUCGAAUUGUCUACGCCACGCUCGCUCAGUCGUUUAGAGUACAAUAAUACAGUCGAGUCGCGUCCGCGGGUCCGGUCCUUCAGCCAGGAGCGGCCGCGCCGCCGCCGGCCCAGCGCCACCUCGCUAGACCUCCAGUCAGAGACAGUCUACCACACUGCCACUAUACACAGAGCUCAUUCUCUAAGCAAGAUGGCGGCUCUAUCACUGAAGAUAUCCAUCGAGGGUGGAAAGGUCGUGAAGACCAUACAGUUCGACCCCUCCACCACUGUGUACGAUGCCUGCCGCAUCAUCAGAGAGAAGAUUCUAGAAGCCAGCAGUGGGGAUCCAAAAGAAUACGGCCUCUUCUUGGCGUCAGAAGAGGACAACAAGAAAGGUAUAUGGCUUGAAGCCUCCAGAAGUCUGGACUACUACAUGCUGAGGAAUGGCGACCUUCUGGAGUAUAACAAGAAGACCAGAAACUUGAGAGUGCGCAUGUUAGACGGCACUGUGAAGACUCUCCUGGUGGACGACAGCCAAGUAGUGGCCAACCUGAUGGUGGUCAUCUGCACCAAGAUCGGCAUCACCAACUACGACGAGUACGGACUGGUAAGAGAAGAACAGAAAGAAGAGGUGGAUCCGUGUGAGAAGCCAAACUUCGGCACGCUGACCCUCAAGCGUAAACACCAGGAGAAGGAACGAGAUGCCAAGAUGGAACAGCUGAGGAAGAAGCUCAGGACUGAUGAUGAAGUGAACUGGGUGGAGCCAUCAAAGACGCUCCGCGAGCAAGGUAUAGACGUGACAGAGACGCUGCUCCUCCGGCGCAAGCUGUUCUUCUCCGACCGCAACGUGGACUCCCGCGACCCCGUGCAGCUCAACCUGCUCUACGUGCAGGCCAGGGAUGCCAUCCUGGAUGGGACCCAUCCUGUUACUAUGGAUAAAGCUUGCGAGUUCGCGGGCAUCCAAUGUCAGAUACAGUUCGGAGACCACAGGGAGGACAAACAUACGCCUGGAUUUUUAGACUUGAAGGAGUUCCUACCAGCCUCAUAUGUGAAGGUGAAGGGAAUUGAGAAGAAGAUCUUCAAGGAACACAAGAAACACGUCGGCCUCAGCGAGCUCGACGCCAAGGUCUUGUACACCAAAAGCGCAAGAGACCUCAAGACCUAUGGAGUUGCUUUCUUCUUGGUCAAGGAAAAAAUGAAAGGCAAGAACAAGCUCGUGCCUCGUCUACUGGGCGUGACGAAAGACUCGGUGCUGCGCUUAGACGAGAAGACCAAGGAGAUCUUGCAGACCUGGCCGCUGACCACCGUGCGACGAUGGUGUGCCAGCCCCAACACAUUCACUCUGGACUUUGGAGACUACAGCGACCAGUACUACAGCGUGCAAACUACUGAAGCGGAGCAGAUCCUGCAAGUGAUAGCUGGAUACAUCGACAUCAUCGUACGCAAGCAACGCGCCAAGGACCACCUCGGUAUCGAGGGGGAUGAAGGGUCCGCCAUGCUGGAGGACUCCGUCUCGCCUUCUAAGGCCAACAUAAUCCAACACGACACUUUCAAAUCUGGCAAAGUGAACACGGAGUCCGUUGCCAAACCCGCCGUGCACCGCCCCGGAGCUGAAGGAGCGAAGCCAUUUGCCGUGAACCACAUGACGGGAGCCCAGCAGACCACGGUCUCCGGGCAGAUCAUUACUGGACACACCCCGCCCGCUGCGUCACAGGUCCAACAGACGCGCGUGACGUCGAUCCUGUCGGAGCCCCAGCGAGCUCUGCUGUCCACCAUCUCCAGCGGAGUCGAGAUCAUCAAGCACACAGAGGAGGGACUCACCAGGGCGACGCUCCCAGCGCUGGGCCAGGACGCGGCGUCCGUGAAGUGGAAACAGGUGACGAUGGAUACCAACAAGCAGGUUGUUACAUCACAGAUCGCCGCCAUGAAUGCCGCCACCGCACAGGUCGUCACGCUCACCUCAGGUACGGAGGAAGUAGACCACACUGCUGUAGGCGCAGCCAUCACUACUAUCACCACCAACCUCCCAGAGAUGACGAAGGGAGUGCAGAUGAUCGCCGCGCUCAUGGAUGACGGGGACCACGGAGACAAACUCUUGGAUGCCACAAGGAAACUGUGUACAGCAUUUACUGACUUGCUGAAGGCUGCUGAACCUGAAACUAAAGAGCCACGCCAGAACCUUCUGAACGCCGCCUCCCGCGUCGGCGAGGCAUCCACCACAGUCCUCUACACCAUCGGAGAGGAAACCGAAGAAGACAAGGAAACCCAGGUAAUUGACCCAGACCCUAAGAGAAACCCUAAGAAAUCCUACCUCUAUCGCAAACUCAACUAUUGUUACGACAAUUUCUAUAAAGUCUUCUUCGGUAAAGAUAAGGAUGAUAGCUACGAUACAGAUUUUGAAAAUAUCGACAUUGGGACCGGCCACAAGGAUGUUGUGGACGAUGGCAUCUAUGAGGAUGUAGACACUACCCGCAGCUGGGGGCUCGAUGUCAUACAGGAAGAGUCCGAUAGUGACUACUACAGAAGCAUAGACUACUGUAACAUGAUCUUUAAAAACAGACUAGACAAAAACAAACAAGAUAAUAUUAAUGGAGAUUUCGAAUCCAUAGUACAAAACUGCGAAGGCUACUUAGACAGCACAAAUAGUCCCAAGUUGUACCCAAAAACUAUCUACGAUAAAAUUUACAAUUUCAAAAAAGAUUUCUCCAACCACGAUUACGCUAACGUCAAUUUCGAUAAGAACAAUAUCGAUAAAAAUAACAUCGAUAAAGCUAACAUUAAUAUCGAUAAGUCAAACUUGAAUAUCGAUAAGUCUCACUACGAAAACGUAGAUUUUAACAGACGUACUAAAAACGAUAUACUUCGCGAACAAUUCUUUCGGACAGACAAUAUCGAUAAGAAUGAUAUUAAUGAUAAAUUUAAUCGAUAUAACGGGAAAAAGAUCGAGUGUCAUAGUAUAGUUAACGAUGUAACGAAAUCAGGUCCGGACGUGAAAGUUUCAGGCGCUUUGAACAUGAAACUACUAAACUUAGACAAAUACAACCGCGUUCUAACGACAACAGAAACAUUUAUGGAGACAGCGGACGCAAGUUUUACAAAAAAUCAAAUAUCCAAACUCAGACACGAUGGCUUCGAGAACUUCGUUAAAAAGAGCGAGAGAUACUACACGACAGAGACGGGGGAUAGACAGACAGACAUAUUAAACAACGGUGAACAGAAAAAACCUAAAACUGAGAUCCGUAUUUUCUAUAAUCCGACAUUUAGGUGUACGGGGGAAAAUUUGAAAGGUUUUUAUGUUAGUAUAGACCAUAAGUGCACUAUCAUUCUAAAAGAGAAUCUUGUUUUCUAUGCUACAAACAGUGGUAUGGUUUCUCUGCACCCCAGUGUACGGUUGUGGCCAUACCCUCACUGCCAGGACAUCCUCCUAUCCUUGGCAAAGGCAGUGGCCAACACCACAGCCGCGUUGGUGCUGAAGGCAAAGAAUGUAGCCGCGCAGUGCAGGGAGGACCAGCCCUUGCAGAACUCCAUCAUUGCGGCAGCUACGCAUUGCGCGCUGGCUACUAGUCAGCUAGUUGCAUGUGCUAAGGUGGUAGCUCCAACCCUGCAGAACCCGCAAUGUCGGUCGCAGCUGUCCCACGCAGCGCGUCAGGUGGCCAGCGCAGUGCAGCGCCUGCUGGACGCUUGCAGCGGGGCUCCGCCCCCGGCGGCCCCCGCCGUCGAGUCUCUCACCGCCGCCGCGCAUAACGUCACCCAGGAGUUGGAGAGGCUGUUGGCGCAUUGUGAACUAGAGCGUCGCGUGACGGGGACAGUGUCGGAGCGUUCCGUGGAGAGCGUGAUGUGUGCGAGCGAGCGCGUGGUGGCGGCGGCGGAGGCCGGGGACAUGGUGCGCCACGCCAGGCUGCUGGGGCAGGCCACCGCGCAUCUCAUCACCACCAUCAAGACGGAGGCGGAGAAGCAGCCGUCGGAAGGUCAGCGCAAGUUGCUGGCGGCGGCCAAGUUGCUGGCCGACGCCACCGCGCGCAUGGUCGAGGCCGCCAGGCAGUGCGCCUCCGAGCCACAGGACCGAGAGAAGCAAGAAGCUCUCCGCAAGGCGGCGGAGGAGUUGCGCUACAUCACUGUGGACUACGCGCAGGGACAGGACAUCGUCGGAUCACAGGUCGCGCGCUUACAGGAGAGCGCCCGCCAAGCCGCUUCAAGCGCGACCCAGUUAAUAACAUCAGCCCACAACGCCACGCAGUACAACACCAACAAGUAUACACAGGAAACGUUGAUAGAAGAAUGCAAGUCGCUAAACGAGCAGAUCCCCCGCGUGGUGGACGCCGUGAAGGUGUCCAGCCUGCGCCCCGCCGACCCCGCCGCCCAGCUCGACCUCAUCUCCGCAUCCGAGGCCUUCCUACAGCCGAGUGGGCACGUGAUAGCGGCGUCCCGCGGCGCGCUCCCAACAGUGGGCGACGGGCCCACGGCCAAACACCUCGCCGACACCACGCACUCCUUCACCACCAGCGCUGCUGACCUACGGUCAGCAGUGGGUCGCGCGCGUAUAUCCUGCAAGGGCCUGGAGCUGGAUGCUGCAGCUGAGAUCAUAAAGUCGCUGCAGGCAGAGCUUGACGAGCUGGAGGAGGCUGCCAGGGCGUUGGAACUCAGGCCUCUACCCUCGCAGACGGCGGAGUGGGCGUCGUCUUUGCUGCAGACGUCGUCUCGUCAGACAGCGGCGAGCACGGCGGCGCUGGUGUCGGGCGCGCGGCGCGGCGAGCAGGCCAGCUGCGCGCGCGCCGCCGGCGACAUGGCGCAGGCGCUGCGAGACUUCAGCGCCGCCAUACGCGCCGUCGCCGCGCUGCAACACGACGCCCAGCGCACGCAACAAGUGAUAACGUCAGGUCGCCAAGUCCUGUACUCGUCGCAGACUCUAGUGGAACACGUGAAGCGAUGCCUCACUACCUCCGAAACUGUGGACACCGCCUCCAUCAUGUCCAUCGCUAAGGAUAUCUCACAGGGUCUGGAGGCAACCCUGGAAGCGGUACCAUCACACACGGAGCUGGACGUGGCCAUGGAGAACAUCAACGAGACCCUCAACAUACUCAACAUGGGAGAGUUCCCGCCCUCCGACAAGAGCUAUGGCGAGCUUCAGUCGGAGCUGAACGCGGCGGCGGUGGGGCUGAGCAGCGCGGCGUCGGACGUGGCGCAGAGCGUGGACAGCCCCCCCGCGCUGGCCGCCUCGGGCGCCGCCUUCGGGGGGGCCUUCAACCGCCUCCUCGGGGUCAGCAUGGAGAUGGCCGGACACACUGAGGAUCGCGACACACAGACUCUGAUGGUCAGUUCUAUGAAGAGCGUGACCGUCAACUCAUCUAAGCUGCUCGGUACUGCCAAGUCUGUCAGCCAGGACCUGACUCGUCCCAACGCCAAGAACCAGCUAGCAGCGGCCGCCCGAGCCGUCACCGAGAGCAUCAACCGAUUGGUGGACGUGUGCACGGAGGCGGCGCCGGGCCAGAAGGAGUGCAGCGCGGCCAUCCGCAGCAUCCGCAGCACGGCUGCGCUGCUCGCCGCCGCCGACCAGCCUCUCUCCGAGCUCGGCUACUUCGCCUGCCUCGACGCCGUCGUCGACCACAGCAAGUCGCUCAGCGAGGGUAUGUCCCUGAUGGCGAGCUCGGUGAAGCGCAGCGAGGCGGAGCAGUUCAGCCGCGCCGUGGGCACCGUCGCCACCGCCGUGCAGGGGCUCGUCGAGUGCACUGCGCAGGCUGCAUACCUGGUGGCAGUAUCAGAUGAGACCAGCGUGGCCGGCAGACCAGGUCUAGUAGACCAGGCUCAGUUUGCCCGCGCCGCAGUGGCCAUAGAACAGGCCUGUCGCGCACUCUGCGAUUCUUCCAGCAACCAGCAACAGGUCCUGUCUGCGGCGACGGUGAUAGCGAAGCACACGAGCGCGCUGUGCAACGCGUGUCGCGUGGCGUCGGGGCGCACGGGCGACGCGCGCGACAAGCGACACUUCGUGCAGGCCGCCAAGGACGUCGCCAACUCCACCGCCGCGCUCGUCAAGGACAUCAAGGCGCUCGACACCGACUACAGCCAGGAAAACCGUGCCCGUUGCGCGGCGUCGACGGGUCCCCUGCAGGACGCAGUGCGCAGCCUGUGUCAGUUCGUAGACAGUCCCGAGUUCGCGUCCAUUCCCGCCAAGAUAUCGCCACAAGCUAGGAACAACCAGGAAGCUAUAUUGGAGUGUGGCAGGAACAUAAUCUCAGGGUCGUGUUCGAUGCUGGAGUCGGCCCGGCUGCUGGGCGUGUCCCCGGGCGAGCGCUCGCACUGGCAGCAACUGGCGCAGCACAGCAAGACUGUCUCCGACAGCAUCAAGGGGCUCGUCGCCAACAUCAAAGAGAAGGCGCCAGGUCAGCGAGAAUGCCUUGCGGCGCUGGAGACCCUCAACCGACAGCUGCGGGAACUGGACCAGGCUGCCAUGCAGGCUGUUGGCCAGGAACUACUGCCCAGGAAGAAUAAUACGCUGCAAGGUUACACGGAACAGAUGGAAAACAGCGCGACAGAAAUGCUGGAGCGCCUCGAGCCCCUGCGGGUCGCUGCCAAUGGAGAAGCUGAGAACCUUGGACACGCCGUCGUACAGCUGGUAUCGUACGCGGAGCCACUAGUGACGGGCGCGGUGGGGGCGAGCUCGAACCUGUCGCAGUCGGAGACGCAGGCCGCGCUGCUGGAGCACGCGCGGACCGUGCUCGAGACGCUCGCGCUGCUCAUGCACGACGCGCGCGCCGCCGCGGGGAACCCACGGGCGGUAUCAGCGCACAGCAAGGUGGAGUCGCAGGUGUCCCAGUGCCGGGCUGCGCUGGGCGAGCUGCAGGCGCAGGUCCGCGAGCUGAGCGCGGCGCGCGGGGCCGUCGGACCCUUGCUCGACUCCAUGCAGCGAGCCAUCGCCAGGCUCACCGACCACAGAAUGUCUCUGAUCGGUUCUUACGAUGAGUCGGACUCGUUCGUGGACUACCAGACGAGGAUGGUGGGCGCCGCCAAGGAGAUCGCCAGGCUCGCCACUGACAUGACGGCGAAGUCAGCGACAGACGCGAGCCGGCUGGUGCAGCUUGGCAACGAGAUGUGCCAAAAGUACGAACAGCUCGCGCAGGACAGCGUCGGCGCCUCCGCCACCACGCCCAACUCCGACAUCGCUAACAGGAUCCGCGUGGCAGUAGUGGAACUAGGUGAAGGAGUGUCAGAGCUGAUCAAGGCAGGCGGCCAUUGUCGCCUGUCUGCCAUCCCACAGAACCAGCGCGCCGUCGCCGAUAGCGCCAAGAUUGUCAACGAGAAGGUGAUAGCAGUACUAAGCGCGCUGCAGGCGGGGUCCCGCGGCACGCAGGCCUGCAUCGACGCGGCCGCCACCAUCGCCGCCAUCAUCGGGGACCUCGACACCACCAUACUCUUCGCCAGCGCGGGCACUCUCCACUCAGAAAAGGAAUCGGACACAUUCUCCGAUCACCGGGAGAAUAUCCUCAAGACUGCAAAGACUCUAGUGGAAGAUACGAAGACCCUCGUCGGAGGAGCAGCCGGGACUCAGGAACAACUCGCCUCUGCAGCGCAGAGCGCCGUCAGUACUAUCGUGCAACUAUGCGAGGUGGUGAAGCUGGGCGCGAUGUCGCUGGGCAGCCGCAACCCGGAGCCGCAGGUGCUGCUGCUGCACGCGGCGCGCGACGUCGCGGCCGCGCUACGCGACCUCGCCGCCGCCACCACCGCCGCCUCCGGCAAGCACGUCGCGCAUCCUGACAUGCAUCGACUCAAGCACGCCGCCAAGGUUAUGGUGACGAACGUAACGUCACUGCUGAAGACCGUGAAAGCGGUGGAGGAUGAGCAUACACGGGGCACCAGGGCCCUGGAGUCUACCAUCGAGGCUAUCUCGCAGGAGAUUGAGGUUUGUGGAGUGUUAAUGUCAUCGACUCCCCCGAAAUCGACAGCGACCCCUGAAGAGUUGAUCCGCUGCACGCGGCAGAUGACGGUGGCGACGGCGCGCGCCGUGUCCGCCGGGAACGCCAACAAGCAGGACCAGCUCACUGCCGCCGCCAACCUUGGCAGGAAGACUGUCGUCGACCUACUCGUUGUCUGCAAGGGCGCAGCGCACGCGGCAGAGACGGAAGAGCUGCGCACGCGCACGCUGGAAGCUGGGCGGGCCGCUGCGCAGGCGUACCGCGCGCUGCUGCAGGGCGUGCUGGCCGCCUGCGGGGGCGACGCCGCCGCGCGACACCAUCUGCCCGACCUGUCGCGCCACGUCGCGCACGCCACCGCGGACAUCAUCGCCACCGCAGAGCUGCUUAAAGGUUCAGAUUGGGUAGACCCGGACGACCCCACAGUGAUAGCUGAGAACGAGCUACUCGGCGCCGCAGCCUCCAUCGACGCAGCCGCCAAGAAACUGGAGUCAUUGCGACCCAGAAAGAGCGUUAAAGUACAGGAGGCGGAUGAGAGCCUGAACUUCGACGAGAUGAUCCUGGAAGCUGCCAAGUCCAUCAUCACGGCCACUUCAGCACUCGUACGCGCUGCUUCAGCUGCGCAGAGAGAACUUAUUGAUCAGGGCAAGGUAGCCCGGCGGCCCACGUCGUCGUCGGACGACGGGCAGUGGUCGGAGGGACUGAUCAGCGCGGCGCGGCUGGUGGCGGCCGCGGCGCACUCCCUGGUGGAGGCCGCCAACGCCCUCGUCCAGGGCGCAGGCUCCGAGGAGAGGCUCAUCUCCAGCGCCAGGCAGGUCGCGUCCUCCACCGCGCAGCUACUGGUCGCAUGCAAGGUGAAAGCCGACCCCUCAUCGGAAUCAACUCGUCGCCUGCAAGCGGCCGGCGCUGAAGUGAUCCGGUCGACGGACAACCUCGUCCGGGCAGCCAGGGAUGCCAUACAUACUGAGGAUGAGAGGAGUCUUGUCCUCAACCGACGUAUGGUCGGAGGUAUCGCACAGGAGAUUGAUGCCAGAUCCGAAGUUCUUCGCAUAGAGAAGGAGUUGGAAGAGGCCCGAGGGCGUUUGACCGCCAUCCGGCAGGCCAAGUACAAGCUGCGCGCUGGAGAGACCUCGGGGGAGGACACCGAUACAGACGUACAGCUGGGGUACACCAGCGAUACUGCACCACACAGAUUCAAGACUCCAAACAGCAGUUUCGCGAACACGACGUACAGUCCAAACAGCACGUAUUCCCCCCACACGACACAGACACUGAACACGACCAACAUUAGCUCCCACAUCACUCAGCUGAACCACUCCAUCCAUGGUACUCCAGCCAAGAGCCCUGUCUCCCCUAGCUACUACUCCACUCCAAAGAGCCCCACGGUACCAGCUCGACCUGACCAGUAUACCCAGAGCUUCAACCAGGAGAAGCAGUACACAGUUCAAAGUCCAUCUUUCUCCAGCUUCAGACCCGCUGAGGAACCCAAACAGAAUUAUGAAGGAUUUACUACACGCUACGAGACCCGACUGUACGACACCCCGCGCCCCCUACACGAGACCACAACGGAACGCCAGGAAACCCUAUACGACUACAAAGAACAUAAAUACGGCUAUGAACCCCCCAAAACCCCACUCAGCCCCAAAUUCAACGCUAGAGAACUCAAGUUCGAUGACAAGGAACCCAUAUACUCCACCCUCAAGAAACCCUUCGAUGGAGUCGGACAAACAUUCUCUGAACACCAGAAAUCUUCGGAAGCUAUUCCCGGAGGUGUAAAGCACUCUGAAUUCAAAGUCCACAGCGAGUCCUACCAGUCAUACCCCAAAACUGAGUACAGUAAGACCGAAUUCCGUGAAGAAGUCAAGUCUCCUUUCGCGUCUACGCCCAAAUUUGAUCGUUCUACUGAACUGGUGAAGGCCGCUACACCAGACUACGAUAGAAUCGCCUCGCCAUACAAAGAAAGCGCUAGUUACGGGGGCCCCAACUAUAUGGAGGAAACCACAACAGAAGUUAAAGAAAUACCAAAUGGUACGCAGAAAAUUACAACCACAAAAAUAUACAGUUCUUCCCCUGUUAACCUGACUACGACCAACACCAAAUAUGAACCGAUAAGGCUCGAUGGCAUCGAUGAACUGUCCAAAUCAUUCGACAACGACUCCAAAUACAGCACUCUAGACUCUCGCUUCAACACCUUAGAGUCGAAAAUGAGUUCGGACACCAGCCGCUCCUUCAUGAGACCCUCAGAAUUCCAAUCCUCAGAUUAUCAGUCGACCACUAAUGUAACUAAAGUGAAAAAACCUUCGGAACUUGCUAAGGAGAUUGAUUCACUAGACAAGAAGUUCUCGAAGCAGACAAUUACGUCAGAGACGAUCGAAAGGAAGUCUGUGAUGACCAGCUCACACAAAUCGGAGUCAUCGUCGACCAUCACCAAGAAAUUUGGCAACUUCUAAGCGUAGUGUUGGUGUCGACUGGAGAAAUGUCCUGAAAAUAUUUAAGGAUACCAAGUAAAUUAUAAUAAUUAUAUAUUACAUUAUGUGUCGCUAGCAAAAAGCUAAAUGGAUUGUCAGUUGGAUUUUUUAUUUAUUUAAUUGUGUCAUAUACGUGCCUUAUGUAAUUCGCAGCUUGAAUAUAUACUUAAUACAGAACUCAGACUUUGUAUAUAGGUGUCUGGGUUCGAUGCUCGCCUCGUGUAUAUUGUAUACCCGUAGUAUAGAUGCCCGCGAAAGCGAUUCGUCCACUGAAGGUAACAUAACACCAAUUCUAGUAGUUUUAUAUAUAUACAUUAUAUACUUAUAAAUAUUUAGAGAUAGGUAUAGUGUAUAUUUUAUAAUAAUUGUAGAUUUUAAUGCCGGUUCAACGUUUUAACAUGAUUUUUGGAAGAUUUGUCUUAUAUUAAAACAUGUAAUUACCACAAUAUAUAAUUGUAAGUGACAUAGGAAGCCAUAUUUUAUUAUAUUUACUAUGUAAUAAUGCGUAGGACCACGAGCGUAAGUUCGUGUCAGGCUAAACCGUGUCUUAUUAAUUAUAAUAAUAAUUAUUAUUACUAUUUAAAUCUAUAUUCUUAUUCUUAAGGCGUCGUUUCAAACGCUCAAAGUUGAACAAAAUAUAAAUUCUCAAAUAUUACCUACAUGUUGAAUUUUAUCAAGAAAUUCGACAUUCUAGGAAUAUAAAAGUUUUUAUUGAUACGAACAAAACGAACCUGGUUUCAGUUUUAAGAAAUCAGGUGUACCUACAUGAAAUUUUAAUUGUUUACAGUUUAGCCUAGUUAUUUUGUAUGUAGAUAAGAAUAGAAUUAAUACAGAGACUAUGCAUUAUUUGUCUACUAAGCCGAGCAAUGGUAAUAAAAGAUAUAGCUAGACUACUAUCUUCAUAUUUAGAAAAUCUUUAUUUUCUUAACUCUAUACCGAAUAACUGCAGACUGACUAACUUUGAGCGCUUGAAACAACGAAAAAUAAACUUGUAGAACUCUAUAAUAAUAUAUUAAUGUUACUAUAAUUAUGUAAUAACUAAUUUUGAUACUAUAUACUAAGUCUUUGAGUACAUAAAUAAUAAAAUUCUCUCGUAAAACCAAAUGUAACUAAUAUUGUUAUUUUAAAACGCUUUGGAAUCGUUUGUUUAGUGUAUUUAAUGUUAUUUUGUUGCGGUAGCUAGAGUAAGCAUGUAUGGCUCGUAUCGGUGUAAUAAACAUGUAACUAAUA